AGGAAGUCUGGAAGGGAAGAGAGAACAGAAGAGUUACAAAGCCCUCUUAGAAGAUCCAAUGCUGAAGUUCUCAGGCCUAUAUCAAGAAACUUGCUCUGACUUGUAUGUAACUUGUCAGGUGUUUGCAGAAGGAAAACCUCUUGCUCUACCAGUUAGGACUUCCUACAAAGCUUUUAGCACUAGAUGGAACUGGAAUGAAUGGCUGAAGCUGCCUGUGAAGUAUCCAGACCUGCCCCGCAACGCCCAGGUGGCUCUGACCAUCUGGGACGUGUAUGGACCCGGGAAAGCAGUUCCCGUGGGAGGAACAACGGUCUCGCUCUUUGGGAAAUACGGUAUGUUUCGUCAAGGAAUGCACGAUUUGAAAGUCUGGCCCAACGUAGAAGCUGAUGGCUCAGAGCCCACCAAAACUCCUGGGAGAACCAGCAGCACGGUCUCUGAAGAUCAAAUGAGCCGCUUGGCAAAGCUCACCAAGUCUCAUCGGCAAGGGCACAUGGUGAAAGUGGACUGGUUGGACAGACUGACCUUUAGAGAAAUAGAAAUGAUCAAUGAGAGGGAGAAACGAAGUUCUAAUUUUAUGUACCUGAUGAUUGAGUUCCGUUGUGUCAAGUGUGAUGAUAAAGAAUAUGGAAUAGUUUACUACGAAAAGGAUGGUGAUGAAUCGUCUCCAAUAUUGACAAGUUCUGAAAUUGUUAAGAUUCCCGAUCCCCAGAUGUCUAUGGAGAACUUAGUAGAAAGCAAACAUCACAAGCUGGCUCGAAGUUUAAGAAGUGGACCUUCUGAUCAUGAUCUGAAGCCUAAUGCAGCUACCCGAGAUCAGCUCAAUAUCAUAGUGAGUUACCCACCAACAAAGCAGCUAACGUAUGAGGAGCAGGAUCUGGUUUGGAAAUUCAGAUACUACCUUACUCAUCAGGAGAAGGCCUUGACAAAAUUCUUAAAAUGUGUCAACUGGGACCUCCCACAGGAGGCGAAGCAAGCGCUGGAGCUGCUUGGCAAGUGGAAGCCCAUGGAUGUGGAAGACUCUCUAGAACUUCUGUCAUCUCACUUCUCCAACCCCACGGUCCGGCGCUACGCUGUCGCUCGCCUUCAGCAGGCUGAUGAUGAGGAUUUGCUUAUGUACCUGCUACAGUUAGUCCAGGCGUUGAAAUAUGAAAACUUUGAUGACAUAAAGAAUGGACUGGAACCUAGCAAGAGGGACAGUCAGGGUCCAAUGUCAGAAAGCAUGGCAACGUCGGGAACCAAUGGUGCAGAAAUAGACAGUUCCCAGAUCAUGAGUCCUAACCCACCUGUUUCUUCACCACCUCUCACUUCUAAGACAAAGGAGCUUGCAGACAACGAAAACCUGGAUCAAGACCUUUGCACUUUCUUGAUAUCACGAGCGUGCAAAAAUUCCACGUUGGCAAACUACUUGUACUGGUAUGUAAUAGUGGAGUGUGAAGACCAGGACACGCAGCAGAGGGACCCAAAGACUCAUGAAAUGUACUUAAAUGUGAUGAGAAGAUUUAGUCAGGCUUUGCUGAAGGGUGAUAAGUCUGUCCGAGUCAUGCGCUCCUUGCUGGCCGCUCAGCAGACGUUUGUGGACCGGCUGGUCCAUGUGAUGAAGGCAGUGCAGCGUGAAAGCGGGAACCGUAAGAAAAAGAAUGAGAGGCUUCAGGCGUUAUUAGCAGAUAACGAAAAGAUGAAUUUAGCAGAUAUGGAACUUAUUCCACUUCCUCUGGAACCUCAAGUGAAAAUUAAAGGGAUAAUCCCUGAAAAAGCCACACUCUUCAAGAGUGCCUUAAUGCCUGCCCAGUUAUUCUUCAAGACAGAAGAUGGGAGCAAAUAUCCUGUAAUUUUUAAGCACGGGGAUGAUUUACGUCAAGAUCAACUUAUUCUUCAGAUUAUUUCGCUCAUGGAUAAGCUGUUAAGGAAAGAGAAUCUGGAUUUGAAGCUGACACCCUAUAAAGUCCUGGCAACUAGUACAAAACAUGGCUUCAUGCAGUUCAUUCAGUCAGUACCAGUUGCAGAAGUUCUUGCUACUGAGGAAAGUAUACAGAACUUCUUCAGGAAACAUGCACCUAGUGAGACUGGUCCUCAUGGAAUAAGUGCAGAGGUGAUGGACACGUACGUGAAGAGCUGUGCUGGUUACUGUGUAAUUACUUACAUCCUUGGAGUUGGAGAUAGACAUCUGGAUAAUCUUUUGCUAACAAAAACAGGUAAACUGUUUCACAUUGACUUUGGUUACAUUUUGGGUCGUGACCCGAAGCCGCUGCCUCCCCCGAUGAAGCUGAAUAAGGAGAUGGUGGAGGGCAUGGGAGGCACGCAGAGCGAGCAGUACCAGGAGUUCCGUAAGCAGUGCUACACGGCCUUCCUCCACCUCCGCAGGUAUUCCAACUUGAUCUUGAACUUAUUUUCCCUCAUGGUGGAUGCCAACAUUCCAGAUAUCGCGCUUGAACCUGACAAGACUGUAAAAAAGGUGCAGGACAAGUUUCGUUUGGACCUGUCUGAUGAAGAAGCUGUCCAUUAUAUGCAGAGUUUAAUUGAUGAAAGUGUACACGCCCUCUUUGCAGCCGUGGUGGAGCAGAUACACAAGUUUGCACAG